AUGGACCAUACACACGCCCGGGCCCUGGAGGCCCUCCAACCAUUCAUUCAUCUCGCCAACUCCAACAGCGCCACGUCUCCUCGAUUUAUUGCCAAAAUUAUCACCGAUGCUACCUCAAAUCCGCAGACAUACGUCUUUGCUGAGCUACUGGAAACCCCGACCAUCCAGUCUCUCCGGUCAAAGGAGACCCCAGAGGAAUACCAAGGAUAUCUGACUCUCCUCGAGAUCUUCGCCUGGGGAACAUGGAAGGAUUACCAAUCAACACCCAACCUCCCCGAGCUCAACCAAGACCAAACCCUCAAACUCCGCCUCCUCUCCCUCCUCUCUCUUGCUCCAACCAUCAAACCCCUCACAUAUGAAUCCCUCAUGGACGCCCUCUCCAUAUCCACCCCCGCCGAACUCGAAUCCCUCGUUACAAAAGCCAUCUACUCCUCCCUCAUCACCGCCCGUCUCUCCCCCGCAUCCGAUUCGCCAACGGUGAACGUCACCUCCGUCGCUCCGUUGCGCGACAUCAAACCCCAGUCCCUACCGAGUAUGAUCUCGAUUCUGACAGAGUGGGAGUCUCGCUGCGGAGGUGUGAUUAGCGACAUCGAGGCUGAGAUUGAGAAGAUCAAAGCGAAUACCGCCAAGCGUGCCGCUAAGGAAAAUGCGCGCGCGGAACUGCUGAACAAGGCUAUCAACAGCUGGCCGGGGGAAGGUGAUGAAGAGCAUCCGGGGAUAUCGGGGAUGCGGGGAGGACGAAGGCUGGGACCUGGUGGUGGUGGGAGCAGUGGUAACAAGCGCGAGUACAGUGCUGAUGAUAACGAUGACGAUGGGUAUUUCGAGAAUGGGAGUGAUGAUGCGGGGGCCGCCAGUUCGAGGAUGGAUAUCGACGAAGGCAUAGGGUCAUCUCGGACUGCCGCUAGACAAGCGAAACGUCUUCUCGGGAAGAAGGCUUGA